GCCGUCAUUCGAUCUACUUGGCCCCGAUAGGGCAGCGUUUAUCUCGAGAGAUCCCCUGGAAAGUCGACACCGGGCCGGGUAUGCAAUUGGACUGAUCCUGCGCCGCAAGUUGAAGCUACGCCCGAGUACUGGUUGCUCCUUCCAGACAAAAUUGCUCCUUCCAGACAAAGAGCGCAGCUUUGCACCGGCUCCGCUGAUUCCGCUGAAAACGAAACACCAAGAAUGGUAGGAACGUAACGGCGGGUGGAGUGUUUCUUCACGUCAAAAGACAUAUCGCUAUCAGUGAUUGAUAAUGCAUACCCUUUAAAGAGCAGUCUCUCGCCUGAGCCUCUUUCUUUGUGAAUUCAUGGAUCCAGUGGAGGUUCAGCAGCAAUUGUGCGCCAGAAAUCUCCGCGCUAAGCUACAGCACAGAGGGCUGACGACGCGAACAGGAACGCCAACUAUUACUUCAACUGUGUCUCGUUCAGUGAGUCCUCGAUCUCCAUACGCAUAACCUCGUACACUUCUGACACAAGCGUCCAGCGCUGAUAUUCUACGACUAUUUCCUCACGCUUGAAUGGGAAGUCUCGCGAUACUGGGGCCCGUCGUUCACGUUCCGCUGGCCGACGAUGGUCUUCUUCGCCAAUCGAUAUGCAACGAUCCUGGGCAACAUACCCGCCGCAAUCGAGUACUUUUGGGCUACGCCCAGCUCACCUGCAAAGUUCGCUGUCUGUCGUGUGCUCGAGACGUAUCACAAAUACUUC